UUAAUAACCUGGUUUGAAAAACAGGUCGACUGAACGUUCUCUUUAUCAUACAGCGUAUUUUUUUUGCAUCAAAGAUUAAAUUACUUUAAAUAAUGUAACUAAUUAAGUGCUUCUUCCUUUUUAUCUACAUUGUGACGUAUAUGUUUUGAUUUAAAUAUAUUAAUAACAAACUGUUGCCUUUGUUAUCUAUUUCAUUCAUAGAAGUUUUACCUGCUAGGCAGACACCAUGAUUGUAGUUUUUAGUGUUAUUUGUUUUCUUUUAAUUCAAUGUCAGGCAUCGGAUCUUAUAGUUCAAAUUAAGGAUGGCAAAGUACAAGGAGCAACAUAUUCAACACCCCGUGGAGUGGUUUUUUAUUCGUGGAGAGGAAUUCCAUUUGCAAAACCACCAAUAGGAGACCUAAGAUUUAUGCCGCCACAAAAGAACGAGCCAUGGAAUGGUAUACUGAAUGCCACAGUAAACGGUCCAGUAUGUAUUUUUAACACAGGCAACGACAAACCCAGUAAUGGUAUAAGUGAGGACUGUCUGACAGUAAAUGUGUAUUCGCCCAGAAGUACUGAUCACAAGUACAACUCCUCUUUACCUGUCAUGUUUUGGAUUUACGGAGGUUCAUACGCCAGUGGUUCUGGUGAUUUUAACUAUUACGAUCCCACACCCCUUGUCCAAGAAGGUGUAAUCGUGGUCACCUUUAAUUACAGACUAGGUACCUUUUGAUUUUUGUCGACUAAGGAUACCGUAAUAUCAGGCAAUGCUGGAUUGAAAGAUCAAUUACUGGCUUUGAAAUGGACUAAAAACAAUAUAGGCUAUUUUGGAGGAAAUCCUGAUAAUAUAACCAUAUUUGGUGAGAGUGCGGGAGGUAGAUCAGUGGGUUUUCACCUUAUCAGCCCAAAAUCUAAAGGAUUAUUCAACGCAGCCAUCAUGCAAAGCGCCAACGCACUAAGCUAUUUUUAUACCAAUAAUCUAAAAGACGUAGCCUAUAAACUGGCGAAAAAAUUUGACACCAGCGUAACGUCAAGCAGCAGUUCCACUGAUGUUAAGAAAGUUUUACAAGCUGUGCCAACCGAUGAUCUUUACCAAGCUGCAAGAAACUAUACAUUUGGCCCACUUAGAGAAGUCCAAUCGGAUGAUGCAUUCAUUUCUGAUCCAUUUUACGAACUAAUAGCUUCUGGAAAUAGUACCAAGGUACCUCUAUUACUGGGACACAACCUAGAAGAAGGCUUAUCCUUUUUUGGAAGUUUGGAUGCUGUUAAAACUUCUGCUGCUAAUUACGAUGCACAUCUUAAACUAGUCGUGCCAUCUAUGUUGCUAAAAAAUGGAUCUGAUGCUGUCAAAAUAGGUGAAGAAAUUCGAGCUGAAUAUGUGGGAGGAAGUGGAAAUUUUAGUGAUAAUUUAGGAAAGUUCAUGAAGUGGGUGAGUGAUAAGAAGUAUGUUAGAAGUACCUACAAGACUGUUAUACUGGAAUCUCAGUUUGUGCCAGUUUAUAUGUACGAAUUUGUAUUUUAUGGAACAGGCAGUGAAGGACAUGUGGUCGUACCAGGAGCUGGAAAUAUUGGUCACGGGGAUGAACUCGUUUAUCUCUUCAAUAUGAGCAGACAUCUUAAAACCGACGAAGACUACCUCACCAGAAGUAGAUUAGUAAAAUUAUGGACUAACUUUGCCAAAACACAUAACCCUACUCCUGAUGAUGACGCAUCUGGUGUUCUUCAAAACGUCAAAUGGGAACGCGCCCUACCUGAUAAAGUUCAAUAUUUGGGUGGAGAUAAUUUGACAAUGAAACUUACUGACAGAAAGAAUCUGACAAUAUUUUGGGAUUAUAUUUGGAAUACUUACUCAUAUCAUCCUUAUAACACAUUUUAA